AUGGUGAUCAGCCCCAACGUGGUCAAGCCAGAGCGCAUCGCCAGGCGUGGCGACUACUCGUACCUGGAGUCGGAGCUCUACGGCUGGUGGCCCGUCAAUGCCUCCAUUGGCGACCACACCAGCAUGGCCGUCCAGAAGGCCCUCGCGGACAAGGUGAGCUUCGGCGAGGAGCAGCCGAACGCCGUCCGCAUGCUGACCGACGAGGUGCAGCAGUGGCUGGAGGAGGAGCAGGACUACCGCGCGCAGGUCCAGCAGAGCGAGUGGGCGGCCUGUCCGAGGCAGGCGUGCAGGAGACCUGGAGAGGCCCUGCGAGGCCCAGGCGGGCUCUGCGAGGCCUCGGAUCGCGUCGCGGGGCUCUGCGGGGGGCUCUCGGUCGAGAGAUCCACGGACACCUCGAGCACCUGCUUGUACGCGCCCGAGUCGGCGCGAGAGGCGAGGAUGUCCGACAGCCAAGCCAUGGACGAACAGCGGCUGCGAGGCGAUGUGUUCAGGGUGAAUCCUGAGAUCAGCAAGUUCUUGCAGGCCAUCGGCUCCAUGCUGUUGACAGUGAUGCUCGCCCUCUGCGUCGGCUUCGGCUAUACUGACCAGUAUGAGCAGUGCAAGGAGGCAGACCCCACGAGCUGCGAGGAGCCCACGGCGAACAGCAGCGGCUGCUGGUCGCUUCAGCUCGUGAUCGACAAUUCUGCGCUGGUCGCGUGA